GGGAGCCCAGCUUCUAACCACGUCGCAGGCGCCUAUCGCAGGCUUGUCGGUCGUGUCUCAACUGACCGGAGGUAACAUGGGGGCCCUGGCAGCCAGGCGCUGCGUCGAGUGGCUGCUGGGCCUCUACUUCGUCUCGCAUAUCCCCAUCACGCUGUUCAUCGACCUGCAGGCGGUACUACCGCCAGAACUCUACCCUCAGGAGUUCAGCAACCUGUUGCAGUGGUACUCUAAGGAGUUCAAAGACCCUCUGAUGCAGGAACCCCCGGUGUGGUUCAAGUCCUUCCUGCUGUGUGAGCUUGUGUUCCAGCUGCCUUUCUUUCCCAUUGCAGCAUAUGCCUUCUUUAAAGGAAGCUGCCGGUGGAUCCGAAUCCCUGCAAUCAUUUAUGCAGCUCACACCAUAACAACUCUAAUCCCCAUCCUCUAUACAUUCCUAUUUGAGGAUUUCUCUAAAGCUGCUGCCUUCAAGGGACAAAGACCUGGGAAUUUCCGUGAACGACUGACCCUCGUAGGAGUCUAUGCCCCUUAUUUAAUAAUCCCCCUUAUACUCCUCCUGUUCAUGCUUCGGAACCCUUACUACAAGAAUGAUGAGAAAAGAAAGAAAAAAUAAGGGACAGCCACUGGCCUGGUGGGGAAGAUCCCACAGCAUAGUUGCCUUUUGGACAACACAAGAAAACUGCUCUGAACCCGUGUCAACAGCAUUUGAAACACCAACAACAGUGCACACGAACAAGAUAGUGACAAGAGCCUUGCCACGCCUUCACCUUCCAAGGGCUGAACAGGCCACCAGCAGGGGUGUGACCAAGUUACAGCAAAAUGGUGCCAAAGCUCUACCACAGCACUGCUAAAAGGACAGAAGAGAGAAGCCGGUUAGCUCCUGACCUAGAUGUACACACUUGAUUAAGUCCUCAACUCGACCUUGAUAGUCGACAAACGAGCAGGAUUUUGUCUCUUUAGCAUCUUUUAACAUGGUUUCCUGCCCACACCUCCACCUCUGGGAGAAAAGUUUAUUGUAGCCUCAUAUGAGUCCAAGCCAGAAAUGGGUUACAGUGGAAGGAAGGUACUCCAGUUCUGUCUUGAACAGACUGCCUGGUCUCUGAGUUAUUCUGGUGCUAGUUCCAUGAACCACUCUCAUACAUCCCUACUCUGGCAUCUCACAACACUGGGCUCCCCAGUACACAGAUUCGUCCUUCCCAUUCUAUCCAGUGAGGUUAACUAUGACUGCCAGUGAGCGUGUGCUGUUUGUACUACUGGCUUUCCUUACCGGUGGGUGCUAGGUAGUGCUGGUUUGCUCACAAGCCAUAUUGCUGUGGUUAUCACUGUCUGACUUGUAUGUCCAGUCCAAAUAAAGGUAGCUGCUCAUCACUGCCUGGUUUGUUGUAUGGAUUGGGGGUGGGGUAGAAAUACACAGCACCACGGAUGAAAGACCAAGGCAUUUGCAAAUGGUAUUUAUUGCUUUUCCUCAAGAGCUUUGUGAAUGUACAAAAAAAAAAAAAAAAAAA